GAUAAACUUGUGCAUUGAAUUCGCAGAUGAACUGAAUAAACACAUCAGACAGAACGCACCGCAAUUUGAAACCGUGACGCAAUUAUUAAUUACAUUAAUAAAAUAAUGAUGAUCUUACUUUAUGAUUGAAAUUGUAAGGAACAAGUUCAAGUUCAAGUUCAAAUUCAAUUUCAAUCAAUAACUUGUCAUUGUAGUUGUGAAUCACUCUGAACAAGAAUGUUCAAGUUUCGCUCUCUCUUACUAAAAUCCAGAUUCACCAAAUUCCAAUUCACUAACACUUUCAACAACCUUCAACCACCUUCAUUCGCACGUGCCAAUUCUAGGGUUCCGAUCUCUCACAAUUUCUGCACCACACCGAACAGAGACUCAAUCGAAUACGACGUCGUUGUCGUCGGAGCAGGUCCCGCCGGCUUAUCGGCGGCGAUACGGCUGAAACAACUUUGCCGCGAAAAUGACACCGAUUUAUCUGUUUGCGUCCUCGAGAAAGGUGCUGAAGUAGGUGCUCACAUUGUUUCUGGAAACGUUUUUGAACCUCGCGCGUUGAAUGAACUUCUUCCUCAGUGGAAGCAGCAAGAGGCUCCGAUUAACACACCUGUUUCUUCUGACAAGUUUUGGUUUCUAACCAAGAAUCGUGCAAUUUCACUUCCGAGUCCAUUUGAUAACAAAGGCAACUAUGUAAUAAGUCUUAGUCAGUUAGUACGAUGGAUGGGAGCUAAAGCUGAAGAGUUAGGUGUGGAGAUAUACCCAGGAUUUGCUGCUAGUGAGAUAUUGUAUGAUGCUAACAACAAAGUUAUCGGUAUUGGAACUAAUGAUAUGGGAAUUUCAAAAGAUGGUUCAAAGAAGGAGACGUUUCAACGUGGUGUUGAGGUCAAAGGUCGCUUAACACUUCUGGCCGAGGGAUGUCGAGGAUCGUUAUCAGAGAAAAUAAUGAAACAGUACAACCUGAGAGAGAAGGGAGGUGCAGAACAUCAGACAUAUGCAUUGGGAAUUAAAGAAGUUUGGGAAAUUGAUGAGGAAAAACAUCAACCUGGGGCAGUACUUCACACGUUGGGAUGGCCCUUGGAUCAUAAAACAUAUGGAGGAUCUUUUCUGUAUCACAUGAAAGAUAGACAAAUUUCUUUAGGCCUUGUAGUUGCUUUGAACUAUCAGAACCCAUUCAUGAAUCCUUAUGAGGAAUUCCAGAAACUUAAGCAUCAUCCUGCAAUCAAACCAUUUCUGGAAGGAGGAACAGUUAUCCAGUAUGGAGCUCGCACUUUAAAUGAAGGUGGUUUUCAGUCUAUCCCGUAUCCAGUUUUUCCUGGUGGAGCAAUUAUUGGAUGUUCAGCUGGUUUUUUGAAUGUUCCUAAGAUAAAGGGAACUCACACAGCAAUGAAAUCAGGAAUGGUUGCUGCUGAAGCUGCAUUUGGUGUGCUUAAUGAAGGUCUAGAUAUGAAUACGUAUUGGGAUGCUUUGAGGAAUUCGUGGAUAUGGGAAGAAUUAUAUAAAUCUCGGAACUACCGACCUGCUUUUGAGUACGGGCUUAUUCCAGGACUGGCCUUUAGUGGUCUGGAACAUUAUAUACUCAAGGGGAGGCACCCAAUUACUUUGAAGCAUGGUAAACCUGAUCAUGAAGCUACAAAUCCUGCACGGUUGCAUUCCCCAAUUCAUUAUCCAAAGGCUGACGGUGUCUUGUCCUUCGAUGUACCCACCUCUCUGCACAGAAGCAACACAAAUCAUGAGCAUGAUCAACCUCCUCACCUUCGACUAAGGGACCCAAAGAUUCCCGAACUUACAAAUUUACCGGUGUAUGCUGCUCCUGAGUCGCGAUAUUGUCCUGCACGAGUAUACGAGUACGUUGCAGAUGAGCAAAAUCAACUAAAGUUGCAGAUUAAUGCUCAAAAUUGUUUACAUUGCAAGGCUUGUGAUAUCAAAGAUCCAAAGCAAAAUAUUGAGUGGACAGUGCCGGAAGGAGGUGGAGGUCCGGGAUACUCAGUCAUGUAGAUCCAGGAAUCAGUCAUACUGUGGUCCCUGAAGUUACGACUUCCGGAAUGUAAAAUAAGUUGCUAAGGUUCCUCAUCUUAAACAACAACAAGCAUCUUACACUGUUCUGUUAGAAAUUAUGUCUGUUCAGUGUUUUUCGCAUUUUAAAUAUUCUGUGUCAUUGUACCCAUCUUCAUUUGUUUUUGGAUACACAUAGCUGAAUAUUAGUAAUAUUUCUUUAAGUAGUAAAUAGGUUAUUUUUCAA